UAGUAGCCGCCCAGGGCCGGUACAGGAAGUGGAGCUGCGAGAGAGACCAGGAAGUCACCGGGAGACAGUGAGGCCCCGGGCUGGGUGCGGUUCCGCAGUGAUCAGACACUGCCCAGAGGAGAGGAGCGCGGUGCGGCUUCAGCAGAGUCUCUUGGGUACAGUGUGAUUCCAUGAAGAAUGCAGACAAUAAAGUGUGUAGUCGUUGGUGAUGGAGCAGUUGGAAAAACCUGCCUUCUCAUCAGUUACACCACCAAUGCCUUUCCCGAGGAGUACAUCCCCACAGUAUUUGACAAUUACAGUGCCCAGAUGACUGUGGAUGGCAGAACGGUUAGCCUUAACCUAUGGGACACUGCUGGUCAGGAGGAAUACGACCGCCUGCGCACCCUGUCUUAUCCUCAGACCAAUGUGUUCAUCAUAUGCUUCUCCAUUGGCAGUCCGUCGUCUUAUGCCAACGUGAGGCACAAGUGGCACCCAGAGGUUUCCCAUCACUGUCCCAAUGUGCCCGUCUUACUGGUGGGUACCAAGAGAGAUCUUCGAAAUGAUGCAGAGACUAUAAAAAAGUUGAAGGAGCAGAAUCUUGCCCCCACCACAACCCAGCAGGGCUCGUCUCUAGCGAAACAGAUCGGUGCUGUGAAGUAUCUGGAGUGCUCGGCCCUGCACCAGGAGGGCGUUCGAGAGGUGUUUGCCGAAGCGGUUCGCGCCUUUUUAAAUCCUGUGGUAAAGAAGAAUCCUAAAAAGUGUGUCCUACUAUAGGGGUGAAUGUGGUAUCAACAAUAAAUGUGGGUUUUUAGCACAACACCUUGGGCGGCAUCCCUUUUAUCCUCCGCUUGCACUAACAGCUCAUCCCGUGAGUUGUGUAAGUAGAUUAAUUGCGCUUUAUAGCUUUCCCGAGAAUGAAUGAAUAUGCCACGGACGAGGCGGCGGUUUGUGCAGAGCAACGCAAUAUGUCAUGAUGUUCUUGGAACAAGCAAUAUCUCCAAGCGCUUACACGUGCCAGCCUUGCACUUUGGACGGUCAUGGUUGAUUCCCUGUCUCCCCCCUCCCCCACACACGUUAUUUUGCCAACACAGAUGAAAUUCUGCUUUUUUGACAAAAAUACUAUUUUAUACUCCUUCUUACGCUGCCGCUAUUAAAGCUUCACUGUGCAAUUAUUAUUAUUAUUUUUUCGGAAAUUGUCUACUUUAUGGACAUGUACUUAAGAGGCCUUUUCACUGUCAUCCGAGUGGCUGAAAGGCGUUUGGACUUCCGGACUGUUAAUUCCUCCUUGCUAUGUGCUGGAUCAGUACUUUACUCAAUUCUGCUAUACACUGUAACCUUCUUUUUCCAAAAGGAAGGCUUUUUAAUGAGUUCUGAAUUGUCCUGUAGCCCAGGGUAGCCACCCCUUUCUUCCCAUACAACUCAGGGCUUCAUAAUGGUUAUGGAACGGAUCUCCACACGGACACGGUUUAAAGGGCAUCCAUCGUCAAAAAGAAAAGCGGAUUAUGUAUACAAUACAGGUGACACGGGCCACCAAGUGCAUCCUCCCUGGUAAUAAAGUUCAGUUAACCAGGGGUUAGGUUAUGUUGUAGUGCCUGUAAGUGGUCAUACACGUUAGCUGGGCCUACCCUGCUGAUUUUUGGUGAAAUUGGCUGUAUAAAAGGGUCAACCAAUGUCCUUUUAGUAGAUAUGGUGGAGAAAAAUCAGGCAUAUGAAAAAGGUAGAUGAAGCCACCUCCAGAAAGGUAUGGCCACCUUAUGGCUCGGUCAUCUUAUCUUAUAGCACUGGUUUACCUUCAACUAUGACCAAUCUCUGUUUUUAGCUUGUCCUGAUGGUUCCCCAGAUCUGCCCUUGGGACGUUUUCAAUACAUGUGCCAAAUAGGAGCACUUAGGGUGCCCACUUCAGACAUCCCUAUGUCUUAAAAUGUAGCUUUUCUUUAAAUCCCCCUUCCCUUGCCUAAUCUUGUUAAACAUAAGGCACUUGUAGAUGUAUUUUUACAUUUGAGUCCCAGUGUGCCUUUUGCUCCUUGUAUCGUCUCGUAUAAAUUUAUUUUAUCCCACAAGACAAUUGGAAACUCUUCUAGGAGUGGAGGAGUAGCCCCUUUAAGGGUAGAUUGUGUCCAUUAUAUGUCAAAAUGGUAAUAUCGCCAAUUGUAAAUGAUGAUUCUGAUCAUUUUCUGCCAUCGAAAACUUGCCCGAUUUUGAAAGGGCCAAAUUUGCUUAAUGACUCAUGCACGCGGCUGCUGCUUGACCGUUCCGUGCAAUUUGCAGCCCCCAAUGCAUGGGCAACAUCUGUGCGGAUUCCCCACUGCAAAAAAGUACAUGCACAAAUUUUUUGCAGUGCUGAGACACGGAGAGAAACCCCACGGAAGCACUGCGGUGUGUUUCGUGCCUCUGUACUGCACUUGACCUUCUGGUUUGUGGACCCAUUCAAAUGAAUGGGUCCGCAUGCGGGGUGCACACUGCCGGUGCCCAUAUAUUGCAGACCUGCUAUAAGGGCACCGGCCUGACAACAGCGGUGUGCAUGAGUCCUAAGAAAGCAACAAAUGUUCUUAAAGGGGAACGCCACCUUUAGUUGUCUUUUAACAUGUUACAGAGCUGUGUGCCUGUCCCAUUGCUGAAUAUGAGAUAGGGAAAUCUCUAACCAGUGCUCAGACGGGUUUGUGAACGAGGGUUCCAGCUCACGGACCCCGUCGUGUGCACAAGUUAACGUGGCAUUUCCCAGCCGUAGAGGGGGUAUUGUUCAAUGGAUGUAAACCGCUUUUCUUCCUUUCAGAUUGAUUUCCUUUAACUCGUGCUCAGGCUGCACAGGCUUACAUUAACAGAAGUAGCAAAACGGGUGAGGCGACCAGUAAUUGUAAAGCCAUUUUGUACGACUUAAGAGGACAGCAUUCCCCGGGUAUGAGCUGUACUCUUCCCCGUCACACCAGUGCCUCUCUCCUUGUGUGUAUGCGAGUUACUUUUUUAUAACUGAAGAAAUGUAGCAGUCGAAGCAGCUGUGGCAUUUUUAUAUAUUUUACAAAGACUAUGUAUCUGUAAGUUCAUUUAUACUGUGUAAUAAUGGUACUUGCUAAUAUGUCAUCUUUCGUCAUUACCAAAGAGCAAUCUGUAUCUUGAGGCCCCUAUACAUAGGUCAGCUGAGAAUGAUGAUCUUGGCAGGGGUGGCCUCCCGACUCUCCAGCUCAUGAUGUUUAGAGCAUGAUGAUCUUGGCAGGGGUGGCCUCCCGACUCUCCAGCUCAUGAUGUUUAGAGCAUGAUGAUCUUGGCAGGGGUGGCCUCCCGACUCUCCAGCUCAUGAUGUUUAGAGCAUGAUGAUCUUGGCAGGGGUGGCCUCCCGACUCUCCAGCUCAUGAUGUUUAGAGCAUGAUGAUCUUGGCAGGGGUGGCCUCCCGACUCUCCAGCUCAUGAUGUUUAGAGCAUGAUGAUCUUGGCAGGGGUCGCCUCCCGACUCUCCAGCUCAUGAUGUUUAGAGCAUGAUGAUCUUGGCAGGGGUCGCCUCCCGACUCUCCAGCUCAUGAUGUUUAGAGCAUGAUGAUCUUGGCAGGGGUCGCCUCCCGACUCUCCAGCUCAUGAUGUUUAGAGCAUGAUGAUCUUGGCAGGGGUCGCCUCCCGACUCUCCAGCUCAUGAUGUUUAGGAUUAAGCUGAAUUUCAAAGCUAGAUUAUUUUGUUCUUGGAGGAGAUAAGCGAUAAGGUGUCUGGCAGCAGCUUUCCCUCUCACCAUUGAGAACACUUGCAUGCUUAGGCAAACCAAGUGUGCAUGUGCACGGCGAGCCUGGAGGAAUGGCUACUGUCAAACAUCACAUCUAACGGCACCUAUGGCUUAAGCUGCUGUUUGGAACAGCCAGAGGUUCAGCAUGGGCUUUCAUACCCUAGAAAAUGUGUGCCACUCCAUAUACCGUAGAGCUGCAGGACCCAGCAUGCCCAGUCAGGUUUUGGUUUGGACGAAGCUUUACAGUUGGAGUGUAUACAUGUUUUCUGAGCGUAUAUUAGAGCGCGGGCUCUCUCUGUGAUACAGUGGUGGGCAGUGCCACAACUGACAUUGGAGACGGUGAGCUGCCGUUCUUAUGAAGUUGGUUCUGGAUAAACUGAAACCUGUUGUGUGCCACUGAAAAAAUACUUCCAAUAAAUGGAAUUCUAGUCAUUCUACGGCUGUGGAAAGAUCUAAUGUUUGUCUUGUGUUUUUGUUUUUUUUUCAUAUUUACGUGCCUGGCAAACUAUCAGGAAUGUAUAUUUUUGUGCUAAGAGCUAAAUUUCUAAUUCGAUGCAUAUCUUUUAGUAAAAUUCAAUUAACAUUUAUAUUUAUUUAAAGGACUCAUAAUAAAUGGUACUUUGGAUACUGUCUCAAAA